AUGUCGCACAAUGUGUUCGGAACAUUCACUACCGAGAUUCCUGCAAGUGAAUUAUGUGUAAAUUUUCCACCUCGCGUUAAUUCGGUUGGCUUAUGGAAUAGAUCUGAGCAUACAGUCCUAAAUAUGACAGCUCAAUUUGGGAAGCACUCUUUUCCACUUCCAAAUCGUUCAAUGCCAUUGCUGGAAUUAGAAAUGACUUUCAUGUACAUCCUCACGCAGUUCUCGUAUUUCUUUCUCAAGAUGUUUGGCCUCUCUGGCUUUAUCGCUCAAAUUGUGGCUGGAAUACUCCUAGGUGAUGUAGGAUUUCACAGAAUUACCGAAAAAAAAGAUAUGCAAAAUCCCAUGUUUACCUUCACCAAUCAAGAAAUACUCAAUCUAAUAGCUUUGCUUGGAUAUACGCUCUUCUUAUUCUUAAUCGGAGUCCAAAUCGAUUUGAGCCUAAUCUGCAAAACUGGAAGAAAGGCCGUGUAUGUUGGUGUUUCAAAUUUUCUUGUUCCUAUGAUGGUUGGCAUGGGAGCUGUUCUUUACUUUCACCGUAACUGGCCAUUAGGGAACGGACAAGCUGUUCAGCUUUUAUUUGCUACAGCUAUCCAGUGCUCGACUACGCUUCCAGUCAUUGUUUCUCUCCUUAAUCAGCUUAAGAUUUUAAACUCGGAACUUGGCCGACUUGGAUUAUCUUCUGUACUCAUCAGUGACCUACUUUAUGUGUUCGUCGUCCUCAUCGGAUCCGCUGCUAAAAGCAUGGACUAUGAUUUGUUAACAGGUGCGCUCAACUUAGGCAUAUUAGUGGCAUUUGUUUUGAUUGUUUUCUACGUCGGUCGCCCAAUUAUGUUUUGGAUGAUUAGACAAACCCCUAAGGGAAGAGUGGUGAAGAACAGCUAUGUAAUGUGCAUCAUGAUAGCAUUUUUGUUCUCCGGGGUGAUUACACACUGGUGUGGUAUGACUGUUACGGCCGGACCUUUUAUCCUAGGUUUGGCAGUGCCUAGCGGACCGCCGUUGGGAUCUACACUGGUAAAGAAGCUUGACUUUAUCACCAACUCGGUGUUCAUGCCGGUGUUUGUAAUAACAUGCAUGAUGAGGGUUACACUACUGCCAGAAGUGCCUCGGGCUCACCAUUGGGUAGUUGUCGCAACUGGAGUUAUCAUCGUUACAGUAUUUCUCAGCAAAUUUCUGGCAUCUUUGGUGCCUGCCUUGUGUUGCAAGAUGCCUGUGAGUGAUGCACUGGCACUUUCUCUCAUAUUGAGCAGUCAAGGCGUUCUUGAGAUGGCUGUCUACUCUUUGGCUCGAGACACUUGGGUUAUAACUUUAUCAAUGUAUAAUGCUCUACUUUGUGGCGUGGUUAUUAAUGCAAUCUUCAUUCCACCCUUGGUAAAACGAUUGUACGAUCCUAAAAGGAAGUACACAGGCUAUGAGAAAAGAAACAUCUCGAAUUGCAAACCAAAUUCCGAGCUUCGAAUUCUAGCAUGUGUCACUAGAUGCGACAACACUCCGGCGAUCAUUAACCUCAUCGAUGCCGUGUGUCCGACACAAGAGAGCCCAAUUUCUGUGUACGUCCUCCACCUCAUCGAGCUAGUCGGCCGGACCACUCCGAUCUUCAUUUCUCACAACAAACAAAAAAGAACUGUCUCCAACUUCACCUCGUCGGAAAAUGUGAUCCUCUCAUUUGAUCACUUCCAAAGAGACAACGCCGGAGCAGUGAACGUGAACGUGUUCACAUCUAUUACUCCGGCGCAGUACAUGCACGACGACAUCUGCACCCUCGCCCUUGACAAGCUCACAUCCCUUAUAAUCCUCCCCUUCCAUCGAAAGUGGUCAAUCCUUGGCUCAAAUACUACAAUUGAAUCAGAGAACGAGAAAAUCCGAGAAGUGAACAUGAGCGUGCUUGAAACAGCGCCGUGUUCGGUUGGUAUUCUUGUGAACCGCGGACGCAUUCAAAGCAUAGAGGCCGCAACCGCAACGAUAUCAGAGACAUUUCGAGUGGCAAUGAUUUUCUUGGGAGGAAACGACGACAGGGAAGCACUCGUCUUCGCUAGACGCAUGGCCAAGGACUCUUGCAUAAGCCUCACGGUGAUACAUUUACUUGAUUCAGUUGAAUACAAGGAGGAAGACAACAACGGAGUCAAGCUGGACAAAGCCAAAUGGGAGAGGCUACAAGAGAGGGAGAUGUUGAGGAAUAUGGACAUGAGUAGUGGGAACAGGUACGUGAGUUAUGUGGAGGUGGUGGUGGAAGACGCAGCGCAAACGACGACAAAACUAAGGUCAUUGUUGGAUGAAGAUGAAUACGACAUGUUCAUUGUUGGGAGACGACACAAGGUGAAGAGUCCCCAGACUUCAGGACUGGAACAAUGGUGUGAGUUCCCAGAGUUAGGGAUUAUCGGAGACCUGCUAUCCUCCACCGACUCGCACAGUAAAGCUAGUGUAUUGACUGUUGAUGAGCUGAAAUACAAGCUUUUCUCCAUCAAUUAUGAACUAGAAUCAGCGAAAAUAAGGGCGAGCCACGAGAUAAGCAAAAAUGAGGAGAUUACAAAGCAGUUGUUUCAUCUCUUGAAGGCAGCUUGUCGAGAAAGAGAUGAAGCGAAAGACCAGUUGCAAAACCUACUCAAAAUGUUCUUGCCCAUACCAGCUGAAAAUGAAACAAGCCCUAUAUUCUCUGAUUUCAACAAUGAAAAUAAUCAGAUUCUGCAAAACGCCUCAGAAUUCUCAGCAGUUAAAGAACCAGAUGUUAUAUCCAAAACUAGUUCAUAUCCCACUAUACGCAACUUUGCUGUUGAUUCAAGUAACUCAGGAUUUCCCAAGAAUGCUGCUGUUCAAGAAUGUGAUGAGUCCAUUCCGGUGGCUACAAUGUCUUCAUCGAACUCAAAGAAAACUGAUCUCGCUGAUGUUUUGAUUGAUAAUAUUGUUAGGGUCAGACCACUGCCUAAGAAAGGAAGAUUGUUCCAGGCUGUAUUUGAAAAUGAGCCUUUACUUCAGACACUUCUUGUUGCUCCUCUUCCCAAGUGGAAAAACCCUCCACCUAUUCCUCCUUCAAAAAGUUCAUCCAAUCUCAUUUAUGGAUGUGACUUGCCCACAGAAGAACAGAUUGAAGCAGUCAGUCCGAUUCGUGCAAUACAAGAAUCCAGCUCACCCAGACUUUCUCCUAUACCAUCUUCAUCUGUGUUGAACUUUGCACAUGGUUCUGCAAGUAUGAAGACUGGAGUUGAUAACAAUUCAAGUGAUCUCAUGCAUAGUCAGAUUGGAACCUCUAAGAGAAGGAAUAAAUGGUUAUGA